AUGUCCUCGUUCACUUACAUCCAUGUCGACCUCAACCCCACCAUUGGCGUCUUACAGAUUGGCUCGCUAAUUGGUGUCUUUCUUUUCGGCGUGGUGUCUGUUCAAACAUAUAACUAUUAUGCUAUGUAUAAAGAAGAUGGAUGGGUUAAUAAGGCAUUGGUUGCUUCUAUCUGGUUUUUGGAAGCUGCUCAUACACUGGGCAUCAGUUAUGAAGUUUAUCAUUCUACGAUAACAUUGUACGGAGAACCAGAGAAACUCGUCAAAUUUGAAGCUAUAGGGGCUGUAGUUGUUUUCGGCGGGGCGGUUACUCUUCUUGCACAGGCUUUCUUCGCUAUCCGUUUAUCGAAGCUCUUUCCUGGAUCUUACAAGUACAUCGGCGCUGCCUGCACAGGAGUCUCUACUGUUCGCUUUAUUGCAACCAUUUACCUCACAGUUACCGGCGUUACAGCAAGAAGCUUCGAGGAAUAUCGAGACACAUAUGGCUGGCUCAUCACAACGACCUUUGUCGUGGGCGCCGCAGUCGACAUCAUAAUUGCUGGCUCUAUGAUGUACUAUUUGUCGAGGAAGAGGGGGAAAGCCAUGGAGCGGCUCAACGCUAGGAAUGAAAUGCGACAAGAGAUUCUUCAGAACGACCUGUUCGCAAGGGCAAAGACGACCGGUCAAGAUAGCAACACCGUUUUCUCCCAUGACCAGCCAUUUGAGAUGGUACACCCUCGUCAGCGAAUUAGUGGUGACGCAAGUCUCUAUAUGGACAAAACAAAGCUGAAGCCCGCCAAUCUAGGCGUGUACCGCAUAUCCGAAGAAGAGGCCGCCGCCGUUUAA